AUGGCCGACAUCACGACCAAGAAGAAGCGCUACGCCAUCGUCGGCACCGGCGGCCGCUCCAGCUUCUUCUACACAGCCAUAGCCCAAGACUACAGCGCGACGUCCACCAUCGUCGGCCUCUGCGACACCAACCAGACACGCAUGAACUUCGCCAAUAGCAAGCUCGAAGCCCUCGGCCACAGCGCCGUCCCGACGUACCUCGCCGCCUCCUUCGACCAGAUGAUCGCCGACACCAAGCCCGACGAGGUGAUCGUGACGACCGUCGACCGCACGCACAACAUCUACAUCGUGCGCGCGCUCGAGCUCGGGUGCAACGUCGUGACCGAGAAGCCGAUGACCAUCGACGCGCCGCGGUGCCGCGAGAUCUUCUCGGCGGUCGAGCGCACGGGGAACAAGGUCCGCGUGACGUUCAACUACCGCUACGCGCCGCACAACACCAAGAUCUUUGAGAUACUCAAGGCGGACAAGAUUGGCAAGGUGACGAGCGUGCAUUUCGAGUGGAUGCUGAACGAGAACCACGGCGCCGACUACUUCCGGCGGUGGCACCGGGAUAAGCGCAACUCGGGGGGCUUGUUGGUGCAUAAGUCGACGCAUCACUUCGACUUGGUGAACUUCUGGCUGCAGACGCGGCCGCAGACGGUGUAUGCGCAGGGCGAUUUGAAAUUCUACGGGAAGGAGAACGCGGAGAGUAGGGGCGUGACGAAGUUCUACUCGCGUGCGCAUGGGAGCGAGGCGGCGAAAGAUGAUCCGUUUGCGUUGCAGCUGGAUCAGAAUCCUAAUUUGAAGGCGAUGUAUCUUGAUGCUGAGCAUGAAGACGCGUAUUAUCGCGACCAGAGUGUGUUUGGAGACGGUAUCUCCAUCGAGGACACGAUGAAUCUACUAAUCCGAUACCGCAACGGCGCCGUCAUGACGUACUCGCUAACGGCGUAUGCCCCGUGGGAGGGCUUCCGUGUCAACUUCAACGGAACCGGCGGACGUCUGGAGGUCGAGGUUGUCGAGAAGAGUUACGUGAACUCGGGGGGAAGCCAGGCUCUCGAAGGCGCAAUUGAGAAGAGGACGAUGUUGCUGCGGCCCUUGUUCGGCCCGCCCCAGGAGAUUGAUCUCGGCGAGGCAAAGGGUGCACAUGGAGGUGGUGAUCUUGUGCUAUUGAGAGAUCUGUUUGGAGAACCUGUUUCCGACGAGUACAUGAGGGCCGCCAGCCAUGUGGACGGCGCCGCGUCGAUCUUGACGGGCAUUGCAGCGAACCGGUCUAUUGCGACGGGGCAGGUUGUGAAUGUGGAUGAUAUCUUGGUUGUGCCUGAGAAAUAG